UCCUGACUUCACCUCUGAAAUCAAACCUGUCACACCUGAGAGAGCUGGACCUGAGCGUGAAUAAACUAGGAAACACAGGAGUGAAGCACUUAUGUGCCGUACUGAAGGAUUCACACUGUAAACUGGAGAGAUUGAGGUUAAGCUGGUGUUAUAUGACAGAUGAAGGUUGUUCUGAUGUGACUUCAGCUCUGAAAUCAAACCCGUCACACCUGAGAGAGCUGGACCUGAGUGAGAAUAAUCUGGGAGACUCUGGAGUGAAAAACCUCAGUGAUCUACUGAUGAACCCACAAUUCAAGCUGGAGAAACUACAUCUACGGUACUGUGACAUUACAGAUGUUUCUUCUUUAACUCAGUCUUUGACGAACUCAAAAGCUCUGCAGUUUUUAAAAGAGCUUGAUCUGAGAGACAAUGAGAUCGGAGACUCAAAGCAGCGGCUCAGAGACGAGCUACGAGACUCAAACUGUGUCCUGAGAGCAGAUGAUGAUCUAUUUACCAAGAUUAGAAGACUUUUUACAUAGUUUAAAUCUGUGAAACGGAGAUGAGAGGAGCAGAAAUCAUCAGGUGAUCCACAGAAGAGUCUCACUGCUGUCUAUGAGGAGAAAUACAUGUGUAAAUGUGUUUCAUACAGGUGGAAGAGACUCAGACUUCACUAUUAAAUAAAGCAGUGUGUGUGUUAGCAUGUGUAUUAGAAACAUGUGAUUAAUGUUGGUUUAUUAUUCAGCCAAAUGACUCCUGCCACAGUAUCUUAUGCCACAAAUUAAAUCAUUCUCACUUUCUCAUGAAGAGAUAAACAUGAAAAUAGAUCUCCUGACCUCAGAACAGUGGGAGGCGGCGAGAAAAGGGAAUCAUUUUGGGAUAUCGUGGUUAUAAACUUCUCAAAUAUAAAAUUAGAGGUGUCUGCUCAGGUUAUGGCAAGACAUUGGCCCACACAAAGAAAAGUGUAACACACACACUAAUCAACAAUAUUAACAAACUUGCUAAAAAAAGAGCAUUUGAGCCAAGAAGAUAAUAAUGCCUUAUUAGACUUACAAAUCCAACUAGACAUUUAUAUGAGAACAAAGCAAAAGGAGCUUUUAUAACGUCACGGAGGAAUUGGAUGGAACAGGGUGAGAAAAACAGCAGAUAUUUC